AGAGGUCCGCAGGCAGUUCCGGGUUCUCACCAAAUCUUUAGAUAAUUUUCGUUGGUUUGCUAGAUUUUUAGCGGUAGUUGGAGUAAUCUCUCCUCGGAUUUUGUGAGCCAUGGCGCUUCUAAUGGAGCACCAGUUUAAACAGCUCCCAGCUGAUAAGCAAGUGGAGACCAGGUCCUUUUUGGAGUCGGUGUCUUAUCUUCCGCCAUUCUUUGACUGCCUUGGAUCCACGGUUUUUGCUCCAAUCAAAGCGGACAUCGCUGGAAACAUCACAAAAAUCAAGGCGGUUUAUGACAGCAACCCUUCCAGGUUCAAGACCCUGCAGCAGAUCCUGGAGGCCGAGAAGGAGAUGCACGGGUCAGAGUGGCCCAAAGUUGGAGCCACCCUGGCGCUCAUGUGGCUGAAAAGGGGUCUUCGGUUCAUCCAGGUGCUGCUGCAAAGUCUUGUGGAUGGUGAGAGAGACGAGAACAAUCCCAAUCUCAUCCGUGUCAACGUCACCAAAGCCUAUGAGCUGGCACUAAAGAAGUACCAUGGCUGGCUGGUCCAAAAGCUCUUCAAGGCGGCACUGUUUGCAGCCCCCUACAGAUCAGACUUUCUGAAGGCCUUGUCCAAAGGGCGGGAGGUCAAGGAGGAGGACUGCUUGGAGAAGGUCCGUCAGUUUCUGGUCAAUUUCACAUCCACAGUGGACGCCAUCUAUGACAUGUACACCAAAAUGAAUGCUGAGCUGGACUACACUGUGUGACCCUUCCUCUGGUCCUCACGCUCUGCCCUGUUGUUGGACCAACACCCUAACCUCCCCCACCCCCUUUUUUUAGUUUGCGUCUCAUGGUUUCCCUCAGGUUGUGUGCCAUCCCGCUUCUGGAGGUCCUACAUGACCCAGUUCUGUUGCGUUGAUGGCACACGUGUCUGUACUCUGCUGUUUGUUUACUUGAGUGCCUUGGCUUGAAUCUUCCCGUCACAUCGUUGGUACGUGUCCUCAAUGCACUCUUGCAGUAUGAAGCCUGUUGUAAUUAGUCUUUGCCCACGUACACAUCAGCACUGUAGAGGCCCCAGACCUCUAACAUUUUGGGAAUUAUGCAGUUUAGUGUGGUCCCGGUCUUCAGGACAGGAAGACAUUGCAACUGGAACUCUGCGGGUGUUUUGCUUUUUCUUUUUUUAGAACUACUUGUUGAAGUAGAUCUUCACAGAUGCCUUUGUUUUUUUUUUUUUUAAUCCAUACCAAAAAUAUUUCAUCACCAAAAUGUAAUUUAUGCUUGCAUUCACGGUUAAUGCAUGCUUUAAAUCCAUUUACCACCAGAAAUGUUUAUUUUUAUUUAUUAAUUUCUUCAUUUUGUGGGAUUUAAUUAAACCUUGUGUGUAUUAACAGAAAUUACUUGAAACUACUUUCACACACUUUUCAAAAUCCUGUAUUGAAACCAGCUGGGUUUUGUCCAGGAAUGGUGGUCCCUUUCUGCCUGAGUAAGUAAUAUCAGCCUGUCUUGUAGCAUGGCUACAGAUUAAGGGGAUGAAUAGCACAUGACUGAAAUAUUUCAGUUGUUUCUUUAAUUUGCAAAGGGGAUGCUGACUUACAAAUAGAUAAAUGGUACGACUCCUGGAAUGUUUGGUGAGAGGAGAUCACAGGAGAUGCAAGUUUUGAAUCACUGGUUGUUUAACAUUGACUGUAACUUAUCUCACAUUUCAAAUGUGUUUUAGUGUAAUGGAACUGUCAGUUCUAAUCCUGACUGCAGACUAAUUCUUAAUCGUGUGACCUGCUUUCAAACAUGGCAUAGGAAUACCAAAGAUGUUGGUCUCUGGCAAGGUACAACAAAAAGUUGGAAUACAGGUUCUGAGUGAGUUCAGUGGCUUUGUCAUCAUGGACUCAAAAGCCCUAUCCUAAAGAAAUGUUGACUAAUACAGUGUCAAUUCAGGAAAAUUAUUCAGGGCUUCAUGAAAUUAAUGAAUUGUGAGAAUUUGUCUUUUGGUGGCAAUUUCUAAUUAUAUAUGUGCAGUUAACUUAGCCUAGAUAGGAAUAUGUUUUAAAUAGUAUCACAGAAUUCCAGCCUUUUUCAUUAACAAAAAAUGUGACAAGCUUUUUUUAAACUAUACGGUAAUGUACUUUAUUUUUCUUAGACAAGAUGUGGAAUGCUUAAAAAUCAGAUAAGCAGAUCUUAAGAAGUGAUCUCUUCAUGUUGUAGGAUAUUUUCAUGUGAGUGGGAAUAUUUUAACAUUUUCUAUGCAGAUAAAGCUGACAUUGCCUUCAGCCUAUGACACCGAAGUGCAUAUUUACACUAUCUUUGUGGUGAGUUUACAUGGCGUUUGCUUCCUGAAUAGUGCAAAACAAAUAGAAUCUUAAUGUUAAGAUUAUUCUUUUACUCCUCACUCUGAAUCAUACAAUGCUGUGCCCACUGUCAGAACCUCUGUCUGAGACUUUCAGAGUAAGGAAGUAUCUUAAUUAUGAUUCCUAAGGUUGUUUAUAUCAGUGUAUUUUAAUGUGGAUGAAAAUAUUGGGCAAUUUUAAUUACACCACUGGUGUACAGAAUUUUAACUGGUCUCCUUAAAUACACAUUUAUGGAGAUAAUGUGAAAGGUCUGCAGGAAAUGUACCACAGAAUGUCUUAUCUGUUGUGUGUGGGAUAUAAUUUAGCACAUACUCAAUGUACAUCAUCAGGGUGUCUAAUGGGGGGUUUCUUGCAGUAAUCUGUUGUGUGUGUUUGACUUUAUGUUUGGUGAGUUGGGCACAUAGCUGAAUGAAAUAAUUUGCAUAUCUUAGUUUUUGCCACUUCAUUUCACUGAUGAUUACUGGGUUGUUGGUAUGUUGUAUUUACAGGAA